AUGGACCCUGACCGCGUUUGGGCGGGACGGACACAUCCACCGCCCCUCGCUCCGGACCGCCUGCUAGGGCUAGGCACGGAUGAAGACCCUGGACGCAACGACCUGGUUAUCCUCGAUGAGGACCUGAUCAGCAAAUUAUGCACAGCAGUGCGCUUGCUGUGCUUGCCUGAUUGGCUCAAAGUUUUGAUCCUUUGGCAAGACGCAGUCGCACAGAUUGUUCGACCCUUCGAGGUCCCGCAGCGCGAUCACGGUGUCUGGGAUUCUGGAACAUCUUUCCAUGAACUUGAAGAUACCGUAGCUUUGCAGUCCGUACUUUCGGAGUACAAUGCGCUCCUUGCGCCAGACAUCCUCCACCGUGUCUUGAUUGCCGUCAAGAGCAAACACCCAGAUAUGUCCGGCAUUGCAAAUAUCGACGACAAAGUCAUCAGCAAAAGAGCCAAGCUUGCGCAACACCUUGCCAAUGAUUAA